UAAGCCUUCCGUAUUUUAGUGCAAAUCUAUAGCAUUUUACGCAAAACAAAGAAAUUGUAGGCCUACUUUAUUUUAUCUAAUAAUGUAAAAUGCUGUUGGUGUGUGUAAACCAAUCACAGACCUGUGUGUGAACCAGUCACUGACCAAAAACAUAAAAUGAUGUCAGAUGUCCUAGGAAUGAAAAAAAAAGGGGAGGGGUUUCGAAACAAUUCCAGGUGUGAUUCCUAAAUUGUUUGCUGACGCAAUCUUUCAUACAUGGUCUUUGGACGCGCACAUUUGGAGAAAUGCUUAUUUGUACUUGGCAAUUGAUUAUUUUCAAAGACGAAUAUGGCGCGACGAAGACUCACUGCCGACUCCAAGCAAGUUGCUGAACUGUUUUUUGACGACAGCGAUGAGAGCGAGAACGGAUCUGAGAGCGAGAACGGAUCUGAUCCAGAUUGGUUUGAUUCGAGUGAAGAGGAUCAAUUCUUGGACGUAAUUUAUCCAGUUGAGGAUCUAAAUCAGGAAACCACAGAGCAGCCGAGUACACCAGCUGAAUCGGGGACCCCGACCGCUAGUUCACACAGCACCGCUUCUACUCCUCGUGCAGCCCACAGAUCUAAGUCUCCUCGUGCAGCCCACAGAUCUAAGUCUCCUCGUGCAGCCCACAGAUCUAAGUCUCCUCGUGCAGCCCACAGAUCUAGGUCUCCUCGUGCAGCCCGCAGAUCCAUUUUUCCUCCUCAACCCGGCUCCUCCAGCUCUGCCACGGGGUCACCAAGAUCGCCUGCGACCACUCCCUUGAAGUUGCAUCGUAGCGGAAGGAGGCCCUCUGAGUCAAAGAGUCGGUUUGGCUCCCCAGUAGGCAAGUCACGUUCAUCUUUCAGAAGUCCAGCAACACCAAACCAGCCGGAUCAAGUAUGGAAGACUGAAAAGGAUCCUGAUGUGGCCCCCGUUCUCCACAGGUUUUGCCCCAAACGGCAACCUGGAGUGCAAUUGGACACCUCUGUAGAGCAAAGCCCCCUCUGCCUUUUCAAGCACUUUUUCAGUGCUCAAUCAAUCAGGACGUUGUGUGCCAACACAAACAAGCUGGCCGAGAGAAACAUUGCUAAUGGGAAAAGGUACAAGUGGACCACCAUCAACCCUGCAGAGAUGUUGAAAUACAUCGGCUUGGUUUUGUUCAUGGGAGUUCUAAAGCUCCCGGCCAUAAGUGACUAUUGGAAGAGAAAAAACAUUUUUUCUGUGAAUUUUCCGAACACGGUCAUGUCAAGGGAUCGGUUCCGCGCCAUAUCUUGGAAUAUCCAUAUGAGUGACCCGGAGGAAGAUGUUGUGAAUGACAAAAAGAGGCACACUCGGCCAGAUGAGUAUGACACACUCUUUCGUUUGAAGCCAUUGAUGACUGAGAUAAAGACCGCCUGUCAGUCUGCCUACCAUCCCAGGAAGCAGGUUUCCAUCGAUGAGAGGAUGGUGGCCACCAAGGCAAGAACUGAGAUGACCCAGUACAUGAAAGCGAAACCUACCAAAUGGGGGAUAAAGCUGUUUGUGCUGGCAGACGCCAGUAAUGGCUAUACCUGUGACUUCAACAUAUACACAGGUAAAAGCAGGUUGAUCUCUGGGCUAGGGCUCCCGUUUGACUCUGUGGUGGAAUUGAUGAGGCCAUCUUUCUUAGGCAGUGGUUAUCACCUCUACUGUGAUAAUUUUUACACCAGCCCAAAACUCUUCAGACACUUGCUGUCCCUCCAUUUUGGAGCCUGUGGUACCAUACGUGAGGGGAGGAAGGACGCUCCGAAUACAAAAAUAAACCAACUGACUGUGAAAUCCCCUAGAGGAGCUCUCAGGUGGAUAAGAGAAGAUGACCUUCUCUUCACCAGGUGGAUGGACAACAGGGAGGUGGCAAUGUGCAGCAGUGUCCAUGUUGCUUAUGAUGGGGACACUGUCAAGAGGAACCAGAAAAAGAAGGAUGGAUCCUGGGAGGAGAUAAACAUACCAGUACCAAAACCGAUUGUUGAUUACAACAUGUACAUGGGGGGAGUGGACCUAUCAGACCAGCUGAUACAGUACUACUCGGCUCACCACACGACCAGAAGAUGGUACCGAACCAUGUUUUUUCAUUUUAUUGACAUUGCUGUGACCAAUGGCUUUAUAAUAUACAGAGAACUUCAAAAGCUGAGGAACACCCCAGCCAACCAGCUCAUCACCCACAGGGCCUACGUGGAGCAGCUCGUGGCCGAGCUGUGUGGCGUCACGGUCGGCACCGUGCCUGUGCAGAGGAGAACUGGACAUACACCUGUGCCUAUCUCAAUUCCUGUUGCUAGGCUGAGGUGUGAGAAAUGUAAGGCGGAUGGGCUCCCAAGAAAAGACACCUCGUGGAAAUGCAAUGAGUGUGAUGUGCCGCUCUGCCUCCAGCCGGAGCGCAACUGCUUUCAUAUGUGGCACAACAUGUGAGAAAAGAACGACUGAUGAAAAGCAAAUGAACAUUUUGUUCCCUUUUAUAUUUUCUUAUUUCUGUGUUUUUCAAAAAAAAAGAAGAAAAAAAGAAAAAAGGAACAUAUGGUGACUACAGUCAAAGAAAAGUAAUAGUUAUAUUUUUUCACCCAAUUUUUUUUUGAAGUUCUAGAGCCUUUGAGGAAAAAAUAUUUGUUGUAAAAUCUGUUGUUCUGUAUAAUAAAAACCAAAAAAAGGAACUUCUGUUUUUGUGUUUCUUGGUGAUGCAUCACAUCAGAAUUAGUGAUGUAAAUUAUCGAUUAAUUCAUUAAUUAACAUAAAAAGCAAAAUAUUGCUUAUAUACUGAAUAGAAUUGCAUGUUAUAUUGCUCAAUUGAUGUUCUAACAGUAACAGUUGGGAUAUGGUACAGAUAAUGGCAUUUAUCUAGUUCAACUAAAUGUUAAAUGUCCCGUAUGUUUGAUUGCAGAGCGCCGUAGCGCAUUCGUGUAGCGCUACCUGUCACGUAGCCCUCAAACCGCAUUCACUUUAUAGCCCUUAAUCCUGUAAUUGUGGACAAUUGUGGGCACAGAGGA